GGCCGGGCGGGGGGAGGUGACUUGAUGUCAUCCUGAGCAGCUGGGCGGCGGGUGCCGGUGCGCACAGAGCCGGGGCUCCCGCGGCGCAGCGCCGCGGUGGGUCGCGUCCCAAGACUUGAGGAGAGGUCCGCACGCCGCCGGGGUAGCCCAGAGCGCGCCGGACGCCUGCACCCCGACUUGGGGCUGAGCUGGGGGCAUGCUCCGGCUCUCCCGGAGCCUGAGAGAGAAUCCAGGAGCGCCGCCACCCAGAGCCAGCGACCGGAGCGGAACCGCGGCGAAGGAGAACUGAACAGCCGCCCCCUCCCCACCCUCAGCUCCCCGCUGGUCCGGGACGGAAGUCUGGGCUUCUGAGAAAGCCAGGGUGAGAACCCCAACUGGACUCUUCGGGACCCCCAGGAAGGACCUGAGGCCUGAGCCAUCCUCCUUUCUACUCUGCCUGCCCCCCAGGACUGGGCAGUUGCCGCAGGCCCUGGGGGGGGGCCCAGACUGUGGCUGUGUGCCCCCCCCCAGGAUGGGCCCAAGUUAGUCAGCCUCACCCAAUUCGGCAUCCUUCAGGCCCAGAGGGAACCCCAGGGGCUCUGAAGGCUUGACCCACCACCUGGCCACCAUGGAGACAAAGCUGCCCCCUGCAAGUACCCCCACGAGCCCUUCUUCCCCAGGACUGUCGCCUGUGCCCCCACCCGACAAGGUGGAUGGCUUCUCCCGCCGUUCCCUCCGCAGGGCCCGGCCCCGGCGCUCCCAUAGCUCCUCUCAGUUCCGCUAUCAGAGCAACCAGCAAGAGCUCACUCCACUGCCCCUGCUCAAAGAUGUGCCAGCCUCUGAGCUGCACGAGCUCUUGAGCCGGAAGCUGGCCCAGUGCGGGGUGAUGUUUGACUUUUUGGACUGUGUGGCUGACCUGAAGGGGAAGGAGGUGAAGCGGGCAGCACUCAAUGAGCUGGUGGAGUGUGUGGGGAGCACCCGGGGGGUCCUCAUUGAGCCUGUCUACCCGGACAUCAUCCGCAUGAUCUCAGUGAAUAUCUUCCGGACCCUACCACCCAGUGAAAACCCUGAAUUUGAUCCUGAAGAGGACGAACCCAACCUGGAGCCUUCCUGGCCACAUCUGCAGCUGGUAUAUGAGUUUUUCCUGCGUUUCUUGGAGAGCCCAGACUUCCAGCCCUCCGUGGCCAAGAGAUAUGUGGAUCAGAAGUUUGUGCUGAUGCUCCUGGAGCUAUUUGAUAGUGAGGAUCCCCGGGAGCGUGAGUACCUCAAGACCAUCCUGCACCGGGUCUAUGGCAAGUUCCUGGGGCUCCGGGCCUACAUCCGCAAACAGUGCAGCCACAUCUUCCUCCGGUUCAUCUAUGAACUCGAGCACUUCAAUGGUGUGGCUGAGCUGCUGGAGAUCUUAGGAAGCAUCAUCAAUGGCUUUGCGCUGCCCCUGAAGACCGAGCACAAGCAGUUCCUGGUCCGGGUCCUGAUUCCCCUACACUCUGUCAAGUCCCUGUCUGUUUUUCAUGCCCAGCUGGCAUAUUGUGUGGUGCAGUUCCUGGAGAAGGACGCCACCUUGACAGAGCACGUGAGUACCUCUGGGGGGAAAGGCAGGCCCCACCCCUGCAGGUCUGACUCCUUUCUGCCUCAACUCCCACAGGUGAUCCGGGGGCUGCUCAAAUACUGGCCAAAGACCUGUACGCAGAAGGAGGUGAUGUUUCUGGGGGAGAUGGAAGAGAUUCUUGAUGUUAUCGAGCCCUCCCAGUUUGUGAAGAUUCAGGAGCCCCUCUUCAAGCAGGUGGCCCGCUGUGUGUCCAGCCCACAUUUCCAGGUUGCAGAGCGGGCUCUGUAUUUCUGGAACAAUGAGUAUAUCCUGAGCCUCAUCGAGGACAACUGCCACACUGUGCUGCCUGCUGUGUUUGGGACCCUCUACCAAGUCUCUAAGGAACACUGGAAUCAAACCAUCGUAUCUCUGAUCUACAACGUGCUCAAGACAUUCAUGGAGAUGAAUGGAAAGCUGUUUGAUGAGCUCACAGCCUCCUACAAGCUAGAAAAGCAGCAGGAGCAGCAGAAGGCCCGGGAGCGUCAGGAGCUAUGGCAAGGCCUGGAGGAGCUGCGGCUACGCCGGUUACAGGGGACCCAAGGGGCCAAAGAGGCACCCCUCCAACGGCUUACACCCCAGGUGGCCACCAGUGGGGGUCAGAGCUAGAGAUCCCCAAAAGGGGAGGAGCUAAAUCCAGAGCUAUCAGUCCCUCUGUCCCCUCUCCUACCCAGGGGCCCAGAGAGACACACACCUACCCCUGGGCUUGCCAGAGUGGGCUUGGAGGGCUCCCUGCCUGGCCCAGCGUGGGCAGCUUUCACUGUGGGGAGAGGAGGAGAGGAGAUGGUGGUCCUGGCAACAGAACUCUCAGGCCUUUGUGGCAGGACUUGACCAGGGCAGGCUUGACCAGGAAGCUGCCACUGGGGACUGCACCUGCCCCGCAAAGCUGGGCUCCAGACUGCAGGCGGGUUCCCACCCUGCUCCUGCCUAGAGCAAGGGGACUCAGCCCCUCGCCUGCCCCAUCUCGUGCCAGCACGAGGUCCUUCCUCACCCUACCAUGGGAUCCAUGGUUUAUUUAUUCUCCCCAGCUCACCCCCAACACAUACCCCUGGGGCAUCCUCUUUCCCUCUUCUCCCUCACCCUGUACUUCCUUGUCCCCUUUUUAUUUAUUGGGCAGGGGGAGGGGUGAGGGCACAGGCAGAAGAGAUUCCCCGUGUCCUAGGGUGGGGGUGUGUGUCACAGUUACCAUGGUCUGUCCCCCUUCCCCUGGCUGGGGGUAGACUUAAUAAAAAGAGAAACUUGA